AAGCAGCAAGUCGAUCUCCAAUUUGCUCCCACCAAUAGCUGGAAUACUACAGACAGAUUGUAGUAAACACACUACUUUCACAGCAGGGGUGUGUUAUUGCUGCUUUUACUCGCCAUAGGAGUUGACACAAGUGUCUUCUGCAGGUUUCAACUGUGAUCAAGAUGGGCAAUGAACAUUCCGAAAACAAGGCCGAGCAGGCUCCAGAAAAGCAUCUGAAUGGAGGCUUGAAUGGCCAUGCUGUAAGCAUCUCUUCCAAUGGCCUGGAGAAUGUUACCAGUGAAGCAGCUGUGGAGCAGAACAGUAAGCCUCCCUCAGUGCCUCCCUCUGAAGAGUCAGGUAUAGUGGAGGCAGAUGGCAGUGGUCUUGGGCCUGUGGUGAUGGAACAGGAGUAUGCCAUCAAGAAGGUUCCAGAAGUGGAACCAGAGUCUCAGAAUGCUAAGACUCAAACCACACCGGAACUGGAACCAGUCCCCCAAGAGAAGGAGGAGCCCAAGAACAGUACGAAAGAAAAAGUGAACAUCUUUGAGAACCUGUUCAAGAAGAAAGCUAAACCUCAACCCAACCCUGAUCCAGCCCUGGAAAAGGAGGAGCCCAUAAAGAAGAAGAUUGUGGAGGAGAUUAAGAGUUCCCCAGAAGACCAGAAAGUCCCUGUGGCUGUGACCAAUGGGAUCCAGGCUGAGCCAUUUGCUGAGGUACAGGAGGAUACAGAGACUUCAGAGGAGCGUCCCAACCCUAGUCCACAGGCAGAGGAGGUCAAAAGCCACAAAAUUGGCGAGGAAAGCAGUCACAUUCAGGAAAACCAAGAGGGAGAGACUCAAACAGAAGAGAAUCCAGUUAUGAACUUCUUCAAAACACUAGUGACUCCCACAAAAAAGAAGCAAGAAACAGCCACCCCUGAUGUUGCAAAAGACCAGAAAGAGGCCCAACCAACAACAACAACUACUGCUGCACAAGUAGUGGAUGCUCCAGCAGCAGCCAAAGGAGGAAUGUCAAUCCCACCACCUCCAGCCCCACCUAAGAUGGAGGUUAAAGCAGAACUAGCUGCCCAACCUGUGACUAACACACCAAAAGAAGAACCAAAGGGUGCUGCCAAAGAACCAGAGGCCGCCAAGCCAAAAUCUGACCUCCCGUUCAGCAGACUUUUCAGCAGAAAGGCACUGAUAGGCCUCAAGUCUAAAAUCAAGGUUAAGUCAACAAGUGGAGCCAGAGCCCCUGCCAAGCCUGCUGCAGCGACAGUGGAACCAGUGGAGCCACAGCCAGUUGUGGAAGUACAGAAGGUAGACUCCUCAAAGAUGGCCACUCUGGAGGCCUCUGCCAAACCAGAACCACCACCACCUGCACCAGAGGAAGAGAAGACACCUGCUGCAUCCAAAGCCUCUCCUUUCACUUCCUUUUCUCUUUUCAAGGACCUGCUAAACCAAAUGGCCUCAAAAGUCCAGACAGCUUCAACAAGUGGAGUCCGACUCCUCAAGAAACCUUUCAAAGGGGCUGCUGAGCCGAAAAAGGAAGCCCCUGCCCCAGCUGCAGAAGCGGUAGCUGGCCCAAGUGUAGCCAAGGAUGAACCAAAGGCCCCAGAGGCCCCUGCUGUGGACAGCAAGCCCGUGUCAGGGCCCUCCGAAGGUGUGGAGAAUUCCCCCGUCCUCCCUAAGAGACUGGAGAAGAGGAACUCCAUCCACUUGUUCUUCAAAAACCUGGGCAAACGGCAGACAGAUGCUGGAGUACAAACAGAACCAGAGAAGACCAAAUAAAACGGAAACACCCUUUCAAACCUCACAUGUCAUAUUUUUGCCAAACAAAAUUAAUCUGGAAAUGAACUUUUUGUUUGUUAGAUACAUUAUGUUUCUGGUCACACUACUGAAGGGAUGAUGGUAAGAGCAAGUGGUUUGAGGGGGAGAGGUGGACUGUGGACUGGUCUGUUCUAGUCUAAUCUGUGUGGAGGAUUUCAGAGAAUUGUUCUUUGUGGAGGAGGUAAAAUAUAUAUUUUUUUCUGGUUCAAAGGCUUGAUAGGUAGAGAAAAGUGUGGUUUUGUGACGUAUACUGAGAGCAAAAUCCAUUUUCUAUACAGUAUUUACCCUUGUUUUAACACACGUCAAACUCAUUCCACGGGGGGCCGAUCGUCUGCUGGUUUUUGCUCCUCCCUUGAUUGAUUGAUUGAUUGAUGAAUUAAGGUCACUAAUUAGUAAAGAACUCCCCUCACCUUGUUGUCUCGGUCUUAAAAACGAAAAACCUGCAGACACUAGGCCCUCCAUGGAAUGAGUUUGACACCCCUGCUUUAACAUAUUAAUAUAUCUAAGGAUCUAAUGCAAAUAUUACCUUUAGCAUAUUUCCCCCCUCUUUAUAUACACAUUUUACUAGUCUGAAAGAACUUGUGGAGUGCAUACAAUGGUUUCAGAUAAGUUCAUAGGACGUCUUGGAGAAGAGAUGCAUAAAGCUCAGCUUGGGAUAGAGCGAUAGUAAUGGAAUAUACUCAACAUUUAAUGGAGGAGUUGGUGAAAUGGUGGAUAUUCCUGCCAAGAUGUUUUGAUUUAGGCUAGACACAUGCAAUUUACAAUGUACGUUUUAAACUUUGCAGGAACUAUAGACGGAUGCAAAUAUAUGUCAAACACUAAAUUACAAUUCAUGAUUAUAUAAUAGUACACGGGGGACCUCACAAUCAUUACGUUUUUUGGGAACUACACAGAUCAUCUGGUAGUCUAUAUAGCUAACACUGCACAGUCAUGAAUCAUAUCUGAUUAACGUUUUUCUGAAGAAUAAAGGUUAGUUUUAAUUUGA